GGGUCCUCUGUGGUCCGGGUCCGGGCUGCGGCACCGGGCCCCGAUCGGCUCCUGGGCGAUCGGCCGGAUAACGGCGGAGGGCAGCGGAGCUGUCGCUGCCCCUAGGGCCCACGUUACCCGCAGCCCUGCGUGUCGGGCGGGGGGAGGUCAGAGCCCUUUUCUCGGUGCCUUCUUGAUCUCGGAGGGCGCGGCCCCUCGGGCUGGGCCGUGUCAGGCCGCCCGCCUCGCCUUCCCGCAGCGCUGCCGAUGCGCGGGGCUCGCCGGGUUGUGCGGCGGCAGGGAGACCCUCGGGCUUUCCCUCGGCCCCCGUGCCGGCUCCGGGCGGCCUGCGGGGCGGCCCAGCCUAGGUCUGACGGGAGGGCUGUGCCUGCCCACUUUCUCGGCGGGGUUUGAGGGGCUGCGGCGAUGCGUGAGGGUGGUUCCCUUUCUGAAAACGCAGAAAGCGACCUGGCAGUUUGACAAGGUCUGUGUGGUGUCGUGUGCGUUUCAGGUUCAUCAAGUUUAGAAAAACAGUCUUGAAAAUGUUGUCCAGACUCUUCCGAAUGCAUGGCCUUUUUGUAGCCUCUCAUCCAUGGGAAGUCAUUGUGGGAACAGUGACUCUCACCAUCUGUAUGAUGUCCAUGAAGAUGUUCACUGGGAAUGAUAAGAUCUGUGGCUGGAAUUAUGAAUGCCCCAAACUUGAAGAAGAUGUUCUGAGCAGUGACAUCAUCAUUCUGACAAUCACACGCUGUAUAGCAAUCCUUUAUAUAUAUUUCCAAUUUCAGAACCUAAGGCAGCUUGGGUCAAAAUACAUUUUAGGUAUUGCUGGCCUCUUCACAAUCUUCUCAAGUUUUGUUUUUAGCACAGUUGUAAUUCACUUCUUGGAUAAAGAACUGACAGGUUUAAAUGAAGCGUUACCCUUCUUCCUGCUUCUGAUUGAUCUGUCAAGAGCAAGUGCAUUAGCCAAAUUUGCGCUCAGUUCCAACUCACAGGAUGAAGUAAGAGAAAAUAUUUCACGUGGAAUGGCAAUUUUAGGCCCUACAUUUACACUGGAUGCACUUGUGGAGUGUCUUGUGAUUGGUGUUGGUACUAUGUCAGGUGUACGACAACUUGAAAUUAUGUGCUGCUUUGGCUGUAUGUCUGUUCUUGCCAACUAUUUUGUCUUCAUGACCUUCUUCCCAGCUUGUGUGUCCUUGGUAUUAGAGCUUUCAAGAGAGAGUCGUGAAGGGCGCCCAAUAUGGCAGCUUAGCCAUUUUGCUCGUGUUCUGGAAGAAGAAGAAAAUAAGCCAAAUCCUGUAACACAGAGGGUCAAAAUGAUUAUGUCACUGGGUUUGGUUCUUGUUCAUGCUCACAGUCGUUGGAUAGCAGAACCAGCUGCUCAAAACAAUACUGUGGAAAAUUCAGGGGGAUUGGAUGAGAAUGCACCAAAGAGGAUUGAACCUAAUGUGUCGUUAUGGCAGUUCUACCUUUCCCGAAUGGCCAGUAUGGAUAUUGAACAAGUAAUCACUCUUGGAUUGGCCCUUCUCCUUGCUGUCAAAUACAUCUUCUUUGAGCAAGCAGAGACAGAAUCCACGCUCUCACUGAAGAAUCCCAUAACAUCUCCAGUGAUGGUCCAGAAGAAGGUCCCUGAGAAUUGCUGCAGGAAGCAGUCUGGACUUCUGAAAAACAACCAGAAGCCUAACACAGUUGAAGAAAUUUUGGUUCCUAAAGACGGGAAUGAUGAAGUCAUAAAACCUGUAUUGGCAGAGUCGUCGACCAAGGCUACAUUUGUAGUUGGCAAUUGCAACCCUGUGGAAGCUUCUUCAUGUCUUAGUGGGAAAGAGGAAGAAAUGGAGUUGCCUAAAGAGCCACGUUCUAUUGAAGAAUGUGUUCGUAUACUUGGAAAUGCAGAGAAAGGUGCAAAAUACCUAACUGAUGCUGAAGUUAUCAGCCUAGUUAAUGCCAAGCAUAUUCCUGCAUACAAACUGGAAACCCUGAUGGAAACUCAGGAGCGAGGUGUAUCCAUUCGCAGACAGAUGUUAUCCAAGAAGCUCCCUGAACCUUCAUCUUUGCAGUACCUUCCUUAUAGGAAUUAUAAUUAUUCUUUGGUUAUGGGAGCUUGCUGUGAAAACGUGAUUGGAUAUAUGCCUAUUCCUGUAGGCGUAGCAGGACCACUGGUUUUGGAUAACAAAGAGUUUCAGGUGCCAAUGGCAACAACAGAAGGAUGCCUUGUGGCAAGCACAAACAGAGGAUGUAGAGCCAUAUGUCUGGGUGGGGGAGCAAGUAGCCGCAUUCUGGCAGAUGGGAUGACUCGAGGACCUGUUGUAAGGCUGCCCACUGCUUGCCGGGCUGCAGAAGUGAAAGUUUGGCUUGAAAGCCCUGAAGGCUUUAAAAUAAUGAAGGAAGCAUUUGACAGCACAAGCAGGUUUGCUCGUCUGCAGAAACUUCUCAUCAGUUUGGCUGGUCGUAACCUUUAUAUCCGUUUUCAGUCUGGAACAGGGGAUGCAAUGGGAAUGAAUAUGAUUUCAAAAGGUACUGAAAAAGCACUGGCAAGGCUGAAUGAAGAGUUUCCUGAUCUCCAGGUUAUAGCUAUUAGUGGUAACUAUUGUACAGACAAAAAACCUGCUGCUAUAAACUGGAUAGAAGGAAGAGGGAAGUCUGUUGUUUGUGAAGCAGUCAUUCCAGCCAAGGUUGUUAGAGAAGUGCUGAAGACAACUACAGAAGAUCUAGUUGAAGUCAAUAUAAACAAAAAUUUGGUGGGCUCUGCCAUGGCUGGAAGCAUAGGUGGCUACAAUGCACAUGCAGCAAACAUAGUGACAGCUAUCUACAUCGCCUGUGGUCAGGAUGCUGCACAGAACGUGGGCAGCUCUAACUGUAUCACUCUGAUGGAGCGAACUGGUGCCACCAAUGAAGACCUCUACAUCAGCUGCACCAUGCCCUCUAUAGAGAUAGGAACUGUUGGCGGAGGCACCAACCUGCUCCCACAGCAGGCCUGUCUGCAGAUGCUUGGAGUUCAAGGUGCAAGCCAAGAUAACCCUGGUGAAAAUGCCCGCCAGCUUGCUAAAAUUGUUUGUGCUACAGUGAUGGCAGGAGAAUUAUCACUAAUGGCAGCUCUUGCAGCUGGGCAUCUAGUCAAAAGCCACAUGAUCCACAACAGGUCAAAAAUCAAUCUACAAGAUCUUCAAGGAACCUGUAUUAAGAAGACAGCUUGAAUAUUAAAAUGGCUUUGAAAUGAAGAAUUGUUCUUGCAAUUCACUGAGUGAACGGGGAAAAAAAAAAUCUGUGAAGUUUAGAAUGAAAAUCACUUUCAAUUCAAUGAUGUCUGUGUCAGAUAAACAGAGACAUCCAUGGACUUCUAUGAAAUGACAUAGGCCUUUGACCCUCUUCAGUGGUUACAGAUGACUUCAUGAAGGAAGAACCUGACAGAUAUCUGGAUCAUAGCUUUUAAAUUCUUGCUCUUACACAUAAUUUUCCUAAGGGUCAGUCUUUUUUUUACAGGUUGGGAUUAUUUGGGCUAGUAAAUUCCUGGUACCUACUGAAAUGUACAGUAGAAAAAAAAUUGUGGCUUGAAUGCACUUGCCAUUUAUUUUCUGGUUAGACAAGCAUGUUUUUAACCUGGUAAUUUUACAUGAACUCCCAAUUUUUCUUCUGUUCAUGUGUAAAACUUAGCCCUUAGGCUACAGGAUGAUUUUAUUGAAUUACAUUUGUUUUGUUGAAACCUCUUUCUAUAUAUACUAUACCUAUAUAUAUAUAGAUAUAUGCAUCUAUAUAAAUAUACUUAAUUUGCUGCUGCUUCAGCUAAGCAGCGUUCAGUGUUUUAAACUCUACAAUUUAGGUUAUUCCUCUGUGGAAAACUUGUGACCUAUAAAGUUCUGAACUGUUAAAAAAUAAUCUAAUUUGUGCUAAAGUAAGGAAAAACUGUGUUUUCUAUUGUUUUGUUCAGGAAGAAAAAAAAUUGAAACUGGUAACUUUAAAAGCAGUUACAUGUCAGACAGCUUAGUAAUGUCAGUAAAUGCAAUUUUUUAAACUGUUUUUUUAUGAGUGCAUUCAAACAGGAGCCAAGAACAGAUGUUUACACUUCUUUUAAAAGAUGUCUCUUAAGGUACAGUGUGUUUGUAUAUUCUUAAUUAUUGCUUUAAUUUUUUUAAGUGUUUGACACUUAUUCCCUAGGAAUAGGUGUAUAUCCACUGCUUAAGCCGAGAUAAAAUGAAGCCAGAAAAUCACACUGUUGUUUAACACUAGUUAUGAGUCAUGUUUUGUUUUGUUUUUUUAAAUUCCUUAUAAACUCUCUUCUUGAUGGGGAUUAUUUAUUUUAAGAAGAAAUCUUAUCCUUUUUUUCAAUGAAAAGUACUAAUUAAGGGAAUGCAGUGAAAUUACAUGUUAUUGCAACAAGCAGUUUUUGUAUUAAAAUACUGUACUCUUGGACCAGUGAAGCAGUCUCAGGUGUUCUUAAUGUAAUGCAGAAAACCCAGGUGUGUUCUGGUUUGAUUCACCUCUGGGAAUAUUACUGACUGCGUUGCCCUACCUAAUUAAUUGCUGGAGGAAAACUACUAAUGUGCUUGAUAAUGGGGAUUUUUUUUAUUUGGUUUGGGAUUGUUUUGGAGGGGAACCAUUUGACUGGGAUUCUUUCAGGGAUGUAAGCAGCGGUAAGUCCCUGAAGGGGUACCUAGCAGAGGUGCUCUUUUACUGUGCAAAUUUGGUGAAAGUCAUGAUGUUGUGUUUUUUUUUUAUUACAUCAACACAAUAUUAACAUUGUUAUGAGCUCAGAAAGCUAAUGUACAAGUGUAGAUAUAAUACAUGCUAGGUAUAUGAUAGCACGUAAAUACCAUGAACGUUUCUCUUCCUGCAGUAUUGUUGCUAAUAGCUACCAUUUUACCAUUUUAUUUCAGGAACAUUGAAACUACUUUGUUUUUUAUGUUCAUUCAGUGAUUUUAUUUAAAGUAACACUGUUCUGGCAGUAAAUGGUGGUUCAGUGUUCAUUUUGGUGGAUUUAACUGGCAUUCUGUCUUGCAGAAUUAACAUUUUGUAUUAUUACUAAAUUGUGUACUUUUUGGUACAGAAUUAAUUUUUCAGUUUCAGUAAAAGGAUGGAAAACG